AUGACACAGGAUCCCGCUCAUCAGACCGAGGCUGUCAUUUUCCUAGGGAGACUAAAGGAUCUGGAGGCCCCCAACUCAAUAGGAAUUUGGUGCCCAACUCUCGGCUCCUUCAAAAAGCGUCAAGGAUUCCAUCCAAGGGUUACAGAGAAGGAGGUUCAGCAGUGGUACAAGGGCUUCAUCAAGGACUGCCCCAGCGGACAGCUGGACGCAGCUGGCUUUCAGAAGAUCUAUAAGCAGUUCUUUCCCUUUGGCGACCCAACAAAAUUUGCAACCUUCGUUUUUAACGUCUUUGAUGAAAACAAAGAUGGGAGGAUCGAGUUUUCGGAAUUCAUCCAGGCGCUGUCGGUCACUUCCCGAGGGACCCUGGAUGAGAAACUGCGGUGGGCGUUUAAACUGUACGACUUGGACAACGAUGGUUACAUCACGAGGAACGAGAUGCUGGACAUCGUAGACGCUAUUUAUCAGAUGGUGGGAAAUACGGUAGAGCUUCCAGAAGAGGAAAACACACCUGAGAAGAGAGUGGAUCGGAUUUUCGCUAUGAUGGACAAGAAUGCCGACGGGAAGCUAACGCUGCAGGAGUUCCAGGAAGGCUCCAAAGCCGACCCGUCCAUCGUACAGGCCCUGUCCCUCUAUGACGGACUCGUAUAG